CCCCAUCAAAGUCAAGUCGGCCGACGACUCUAACUAAUUUAAUGAUCAAAAGUCACACAUUUUUUGCGCAUUCGGCGGCAACCGCUGAGCGGUGUUAAUUGAAAGUGUCACGCGUCGUCAAAGUAUUCAAGUAAUAAUCAUAAUUCCCAUCGACUGGCUUCGUCUAUGUGACUAGUGAGUGACUGUGCCAUGUGGUCGGGUGAAGUGGCCAAAAGAAAGUACAGAGGAUCCGCCGUCAUGUCCUCCUGGCUCAUCGUAGUGCUAUCCCUGGGGGCGGCACAGGCUGCCACGCCCUUCGCGAAGGAGUAUCGCAGUGCGGUACACACCCAUCCUGGCAACACGCUCGUCGAUCUGGAUGGAUCCACCACCCUGGACAUGGGACUGGAGAAGCCCACCAGCAGCAGCAGCGGUCUAAGCGGGGGCUUCAAGUCCGAAUCGUCGGUAGUUCUGCCAGGCAUGCAAAGUUCAGGCGGCUGUCCGGCGACGACGAGCUCCCACUGCCUGCGCUGCAACAAGGCGGGCUGCAUCAAGUGUCCCAUGUACCUGGUGACGGACACGAGGCAGUGCGUCGACACCUGUCCCGCCGGCUACCUGGAUCAGUGGUCAGCCCACACGGAGUUCAUGGGCCGCGUUUGCGUGCCCACCGGCUAUUCGGGACCACUGAUGGCCGCUCUGGCGGGUCUCCUAGGUGGCUUCCUGGUCUGCCUAUCCCUUCUGGCCGUCGCUGUGAUGUUGGUCAAGCGGAAACGUCGGCGAAAGUCCAUCAAACAGAAGCUGAUCAACGAGAAUACGAUGGACAGGGCGGAUUUCAUGAGGCAGCUGAACGAGAUGCGUCCGAAUGCGGAGUAUUUUCUGGCCAUGUUGAAUGAUACAAGGCGGCAGAUAAGGAAGCUCUAUUUGUCGGGUGAAGUGGCGGCGGCCAAUUCGUACAGACCUAUUGUUAGGGAUCUGGCCAAGCUGCUCAUUCUGCUCAAUCGACCCAUUGAGCUGAUUCCCGCCCCGCCGCCGGAUUGGUCGAGAUUAUAUACCUGGUCGGAGCAGGCUUUGGAGCGCUACAAGCCGCAGGUGGGCCAGCUGAUUGACUUCUUCCAGGCGGGUCAUCAUCACCAGCACGAGGUGCUGUACGCUGCUCCAAAUAAAAAGAAGCAACAGAUGCAGCAGGCCAGCAUCUUCCGGCAACAGGUGACGCCCACGGCGACACCUCAGGGAGUGGGUGAGCUCAUGGCCGGCGAUCGGAGUAGCAGUGCCUCCGCGCAGCAGAAGCUCCAUCUCUUUGGCUCGCUGAUCAGCCUGCACGAGUUCGAGGAGCCACGGGCCUCGGAUCCCUUUGGCAGCAGCUUCAACACCCUGAAGAGCGGCAAUCUCAUCUCUGAUCUCAACGCCAGUUCGCUUUGGCUGGAGGAUGAGUUCUACAAGCUGGGCUUUCGACCGCAGGACGAGAUCACCACGGAACUGUAACUCAGACUCGCAAACUUAAUCUUAAAAGAAGUAUUAUCCCGGCUGGCGGCGCUAGGCGUUCGAGUCUAGUGCCUGUUUAGCUGGGAGAAAGGAGGCAGCAUUCCGCCAGGCCAUCAUCAGCAUCAUGAUCAUCUUGAACUCAUCAUCGACCAGAUCAGUUAAGCAAGCAAACUAGUCACGUAAAAUCACAAACGAAAACCAUCAACACACAAAACGAUGCCGUGGAUGAGAAG